AUGAAGCAGGAAGCUCAACAUGAUUUGGCCAAGGAGCUCUCCCCCGAAGAAACUGCUGCUCUUUUGACCAUGAGCGACUCCUUUGUUCAGGAAACGGUUCACAUGUCGAGACACUACGUCGGCUGUGCACGUCAUCCUAAUGUGGUCGAUUCUACCCGCUGGAAACGAGUUGCUCGAUUUCGAAACCUCUGCAUGUACGAAGAACGUCGUAAACGAUGGAGUCCUGGCAGCACCAAUCGUAACAGUACGCGAAAACUUGGUUCACGGUUGGCAGAUUAUGACGUUGCAGCUGACGACGUGAGGUUGUUACCGGCUACGUUACUAGUUGGUACCUUCCCGGGGGACCUUGAGUCCGUGAUGUUUGGACUGCAGAGCUGUACGGAAGAUGCCACUCGCCUGCGAGCAUCGUGUCUAGGGGACAAUAUUGUGGAUGAACGGUUGCUAGUUGCUCCGCUGGAAUCAUCAGGUGUUGAAGAUCCAUUGCACUCGUGCACUCUCAGGUGGCGAGGAUUGCGGUAUGGUGCUGCCUUAGCCUCCGGAACGAUCUUCCGCUCGCGAUCAAUGGAGACUGUAUACAUUGAAUCGACUGGCAUCACGCGACUUGAUGACGGCGAGCGAGUCGGCUACGAACUGCUUCAGUCCGUUACAGUCCCUGAUCUUGACGGUACUGGUCGACUCGAGAGGAAGCAAGCCGUCAUCUCGUUCUGCUACGUCUAUCGUCAACCCUCUCCGGAUGUGGUGGAAGUCUUCAUGCUAGGCUCGACUUCUCGUGACGGCAUCUUGCUUGGUGGAGCCUUGGCCAAAAUGCACAGUCUGCAUCGAGUUAUGCGUUGUGCAGAGCUCAAGAAACUCGCGUGGCUCUUGAACUCAAGUAACCCGACAUUGUCAAAUUCGAAAGGAGGUGGGUGCUGUGCCGAGUGCUUCCGCUCCUUCAGUCGCUGGCCACAUCGAGCCGAACGACAAUGCAGUGCCUGUGAUGAACGGGUCUGUGCUAGCUGCACAGCCUACCGACAAAUGCGGUUCGCCCAACCGUGUCGCCGGAAAGUCACGUCUGCCAAGCUCGCUUUCUGUGGUCGAUGUCUCCAACGGGCUGAAGAGACAAGUCCCGUGAUGAUUGCCGUCUUUGAAGCGAUAGAAGAUGGCAAACACUUGAGCAGGAGCCAUUUCGACACGAUCGAUAGUUCCCAACCACCGCUAUCCCAUUCCUUAAAUUGGAGCAAAAAUUGUCUUGAGAUCGAUGACGAGCUGGUCAUGACUAUCCUGGGCGACUAA